GAAGGGGCUGAAAAAGAGAGGGAGGAAGGAGCGAAACACCGCCGAGCCGGUGGGGGGGAGGAUCGGGGGGGGUCAAAGCCCUCUGGAAUUCCACUGUCCCUCCACGAAAAAUCACCCCCGAAAUUGGAGAGGGGGGAAGAGAGACAGAGAGAGGCAGAGGAGAAGGAAGGAAGGAAGAAACGAAGGAAGGAAGGGAGGAAGGAAGGAAGGAAGGGAGGAAGGAGGGCAGGCGGGGGGCAGGGCAGGGGGAAAGAAGCAGAAAGGGAUCGACAGCGGUAGCAGCUAAGAGGCGGCGGCGGCAGUCGGAGCGGAGAGGCGGGAGAACCCCCGAUCGCUCGCCUCUGCCCCCCGCAACACAGUCAGGCACCCUUCUUCUCCCCCACCCCACCCCACCCCUUCCCCACCCCACCUGACCCCCUCCUCUCCCAGCCUCUUCCCCGGCACCCCCCCCCCUUUUAUUUUUCUCCGUGGGCCCGAGAUAUGGCAAUGGUAGUUAGCAGCUGGCGAGAUGCGCAAGAGGACGUGGCCGGGGGCGGCCCCACCGGAGCAGCUCAGCCGGGCCGGGACCCGCAGCAAGGGGCCUCGGCCGCCCCCCACACGCCGCAGACGCCGAGCCAGCCGGGCGCCCCGUCCACGCCGGGCGACAAGGGCCAGCAGCAGCAGGGAUCGGGCCAGAGCCAGCAGCAGCAGCAGCAGCACAUCGAGUGCGUGGUCUGCGGCGACAAGUCCAGCGGCAAGCACUACGGGCAGUUCACCUGCGAGGGCUGCAAAAGUUUCUUCAAGCGGAGCGUCCGCAGGAACUUAACGUACACUUGCCGGGCCAACCGGAACUGUCCCAUCGACCAGCACCACCGAAACCAGUGCCAGUACUGCCGCCUCAAGAAGUGCCUCAAAGUGGGCAUGAGGCGGGAAGCGGUUCAGCGAGGAAGGAUGCCUCCGAGCCAGCCGAACCCGGGCCAGUACGCGCUGACCAACGGCGACCCGCUGAACGGGCACUGCUACCUGUCGGGCUACAUCUCGCUGCUGCUGCGGGCCGAGCCCUACCCGACGUCGCGCUACGGCAGCCAGUGCAUGCAGCCCAACAACAUCAUGGGCAUCGAGAACAUCUGCGAGCUGGCGGCGCGGCUGCUCUUCAGCGCCGUCGAGUGGGCCCGCAACAUCCCCUUCUUCCCGGACCUGCAGAUCACCGACCAGGUGGCCCUGCUGCGCCUCACCUGGAGCGAGCUCUUCGUCCUCAACGCGGCCCAGUGCUCCAUGCCGCUGCACGUGGCUCCGCUCUUGGCCGCCGCCGGCCUCCACGCCUCGCCCAUGUCCGCCGACCGCGUGGUGGCCUUCAUGGACCACAUCCGCAUCUUCCAGGAGCAGGUGGAGAAGCUCAAGGCCCUGCACGUCGACUCGGCCGAGUACAGCUGCCUCAAAGCCAUCGUCCUCUUCACGUCAGAUGCCUGUGGCCUGUCGGACGCGGCGCACAUCGAGAGCCUGCAGGAGAAGUCGCAGUGCGCCCUGGAGGAGUACGUGCGGAGCCAGUACCCCAACCAGCCCAGCCGCUUCGGCAAACUGCUGCUGCGGCUGCCUUCGCUGCGCACCGUCUCGUCGUCGGUCAUCGAGCAGCUCUUCUUCGUCCGCUUGGUAGGUAAAACCCCCAUCGAGACGCUCAUCCGCGACAUGCUGCUGUCCGGCAGCAGCUUCAACUGGCCCUACAUGUCCAUCCAGUGUUCCUAGAGCGCGGCGCGGCCUCCCCCGCUGAGAGACGCAGAGGAAGCCCUCCGGCGCGAGAGACCGGCCCACUCGCCUCGGGGGCGCACGCAGCCGGGUGGGGGGUCCGGCGGAGAAAGAGAGGGAGAGAGAGAGGUUGGGGGCGCGGCGGGGGGGGGGCAGGAAGAGAGAUGCACACUCAGAAACCGCAGACACUGGACGAAAGACUCGCGUAGGAUCAGAGCCCGGCUGAGAGGCGAUGGCGGAAUGGACACCUCGUGUUUGUGGAACAAACAAAAACAUUGAGACGGGAGACCUUUAAAAA